AUGUGCCCCACAUUCCCAUUGCCUGGGCCAAGUGUGGCACGCAGCACAAGAGAGGACAAGGUAAAAUGAAGCAGACAGGUAACGGUGCUCUUUCCUUUUCUUACUUUUCAGCCUGAGGAGAACUACUUCCCGCACUGGAAGUCCCCAGGCUUGGGAACCCAGCAUGCUGUUAAUCAGGACAACUGAGCAAGGAAGAGGGAGGAGGAGUGGAAGGGGACAAACCUCCUUCUUGACACUCCCAUGCCAGCUGCUCCCUGACACUUGCCAAGGAAAGGAAAGGGACUGGGGUGAAGGCUUGGUGGAAUGGUGGGUUGAUCUGAAAGCAGGAAAGGAUUUGGCACAAUGCAAGGCCGCUAGGAAUCAGCUCAACCCCCCAAGCAACUAGACCAUGAGAACCUAGCACUGCAUUUGCCACCAUGCUUGAAGCCAGGCAGGUCUUCUCCAGUAUUAGAGUCAGAGAUGAGAUAAUUGGGCAGGGGGAUGUUCACUUUCCUUUUUUUAUUUCAGGAAAGAAUACCCAGAAGGGCAUAUGUGCCAAUCGUUACGUCAGAGGAAAUAUUAGAGAUACAAGGGGGAAAAAUAGGCAUCAUGUUUGAAAUUGCCAAAAUGGUGAGUCACAUACGGUCUAUAAGAUGAGGUUUUUUUCUUAGAAAUUAAUGUAAAAAAUAGGGGGACGUGGGAUUGGUUGCUGCCAUGAGCAGGAGAUUUAUAGUCAAAUGCAUAUGCUCAAUAAGUUAUGGCAAUACCCAGUUAGUUAUGGUGAUGCUAAAAAUAUAUUUCUGUGUACUGCGUUCUGAGACAAACAGGCAGAAUGAAUUCUCUUAAAUGAGGCUUUCCCCCUUUCUUCCUAAAGUCUUAGGAUUAAAUGCAAAUGACAUGUGUUUACAUUUCUGGUGUUUUAAUAAUUCUGAAGCUGUGAUCUAUUAAAGCUGAAAUGUUUAGGUAAAAAAAUAAGUCAGAUGGAUUGAUUCUAUGAUUCCAGUUCCAUGGAAAUCACCUGAGGCCAUAUUCCUUCUAUUUUAAUUAUUAUAUUAUAUUUUUCAUAUGCGCCCAUCCAACUGGGUUGCCCCAGCGACACUGGGCAGCUCCCAUCAAAAUAUUAAUAACACAAUGAACCGUCAAAUUACCCUUUUGCUCUUUUUCUAUAGGAAAUGAGUAAGGAGACAAAAGAACAGCCUCCAAAAGAAACACCAGGUAAGGUACCUUCUUGUAUCAGGAAGAACUACAUUGUGAUCUACAGUGGAACCUCGGAAGCUGAAUGUUUCGGCUCCCAAACUCUGAAAAACCAGAAAUGA